AUGAGGACACAGAGUUGUGAGACAAAGAGAAGUCUCUGAUUUUCCCGCCUGAUGUGUCUCUUUCUUGGUGAAAUUCAUCCAUAGGAAUGACUAAUCCUGAAGAAUGAAAAAAUCAUACGCAAUCUCAUGAGUUUGGUGAAUCAUUCCUGGGAUUCCCAUAUAGGGCGGUUUUAGGAGCUUCCCAGGAGGAGUACGAUGGGUGUCUGCUGAGGGGCGGGGGGGAGAUAGGGAAAGGGAUUGAGAAGGGAUGAGGGAUUCAGGGAUGUUUGGUUGAGCGCUCUCUGGUGCCAAAAGCCGAAGAAGCCAUGGUGAGCUUGAUGGGGCUGGGUGAAGGUAGAGGCGUGCGGAGAUGGCCACAUAGGCAAAAUGAAACUUGGACCAAACCAUUGUCAAUCGGAGGGGAAGCCGCACUGGCGGACGGUUGAGCGGAGAGCGCGCUAUUUGUAAAAAUGGACGAAUUCAGGAGGUGAUCAGUGUCUGAGGCACUGGGUGCUCUGCCAUACGGCUGGCCGAUGCGGUUCUGUGCUGGGCUGACGACGGCGCUUAGGUGUGAGGGACGGGUAGAGACGUGUGGUACGGAGACAAGCGGUAUUGACGCAGAAGCGAACUCAGGCAAAUGACUGUGUCUAGGGCACCAUUGGCAAUAGGGGGAAGUGUUUGCUGAUGGUAAAACACACAAAUUAUCAUAUGGGGAGAUUGUAUGAAAUUCCUGAGAUGCGCCAAAAAGAUCAAUCAUAGCUUCUAGCAUGGGUUUCACGUGGAAUUUGUGGGGUUUUCCAUUUCAACUCUGUGAUGGGCACAAAAGCUCACUCAUUCAUAGAGCAUUUGGUAUGGUAAGCUCCUGGCACAUCCGCUCCUCAGUACGUCACUGCUGGUCACGUGACCGCUUGACGCCAUUUUCAGUUUUCGGGCGGCGAGGGGUUCAUACACACGUCCUGGGUGAGAGUUUCGUGAUCAUCUCUUUGGUGCAGAGGAGGAAAAAAAGUGUCUAAGGAUUGUGUCUAUUUUGCCCGGAAAAGUAGGGCUACACAGAUGUGAUUGAAUGGUGUACAGAAGUGUCCAGUGUGGCAAGUGAAGACGGGAUUAUAGCCUGGGCCCAAAACAAAAAAAAAAAAACUCGGAUUUAGGGAUUAAAAUUCAGGAAAAACAAGUGUUUUGAAAUAGAAAGAGAUAGAAAGAGAAAGAAAGAGAGAGAGAGACUCAGAAAAAAACUCUUUUGCAAUGAGUGAAGUUAGUGAGAAUUCGGGUGAGAAUGCUACUGAAAAGAUGAAUGGGGACAUCAAUGGGGCCUGUGAUGAGGAUGAGGCCAUGGAUGUGGAUUCACAGUCACAGGAUGAGUCUGUGACGACGUCUCUGAAGGAGGCGAAUAUUGAGGAAGUGACAACUGAAGACAAUGAUGACAGUACAGUGGAUUCCAAUGGUCAGGAUCACGAUCCACUUGGUGGGGAUGGUGGUACACAGAGGGGAGGGUCCAAUAGUGGUCAAACAAGGGCUGCUAAGAAGUCUGGGAAGGAUAGUGAAAAGGUCAAUGGACAUGGAACUGAUGAUGAUGACAAUGCUGUAAUCAUUCAUUCAGAUUCUGAUUCUGAUGUUGUGGCAACGGAUAUUGACUUAUCGGGUUGCGAUAAGAGUCGCAAUGGUACAGAAGUUCAUGAGAUUCUCAGUGACAAGGAAGAUUGUGUGGUGAUUGAGGAUACAAAGGAUCAACAGAGAAGGAGUUCCAGGCAGAGAAAAACUAUGGUCAAAGUUAGGGAUUAUUCGACGUAUGAUGAGGAGGAUGAUGAUAUUGAGGAAAUUGUGGAGGAUCCAUUGACGGAGAGACCGUCGAUGCUGAAGAAGGCCAAAAUGUUGCCACAGGAUCUCUCAGUGACUCCUGUUAAUCGGAUGCCAGAGGUUAAGAGUUCUGCUGCUGCGGCGGCUGCGGCAGCGGCUGCGGCGCAUCAGAAGGAACCUACUCUGGUGAUUAUUGACACAAAUACCAUGCUAAAUAGCCGAACGGCUGGGAAUUCCAUGAUGCAGAGCAUAAAGAAUGCCUCGUCGGUGGUUAAUACGUCAGCCAGUACGACAUCUGGGUACUCAGUGAUGCCCGUGGGCGUUCCAGCUCAGGGUGUCUAUCCGCCAAAUAUUAGGGCAACAAUCACUCCUGUCACUCCCAGUUCCUCCUCCUCCUCCAUUAUGCCCAAGGGACUCAAUCUCACUCCACCACAAAUGCAGCCUCCAGUGUUACUUCCUGCUCUCACAGAUGACAUGUUUGUCCUGGAAGCACCCUCAUUCAUCGUUCCCUACAUCUACGAGAAGCCCCCGCAGGAUGAUCUCAAGGAAGUGGUGCAGAAGAUGUCGGUGGAAUUGGAGGAAUUGCGCAAGAAGGAAGAAAGUGAGAUGGAGCAGGAAAGUGAAGAAUCUGGUGGGGAAGAUGGAGAAAAUGCAGCAUCAACAGGAGCAGCAGCAUCGAAGGAGGCUGAAGGGGAAGAGGACAAAGAGAAGAGUUCCAAGAAGGGUCGAAGACGACGGAAGAAAAAUCCAGAUGAUUCAUGGGAUGAGAGUGAUACGUCAACAGAUGAGGAAGCUUCAGAUUCGGAGGAGAGAACCAAAGUGCUGAUCAAGGAGGCCAAGGAGGAUCUCGAUACCAUUAAAAAGCACAUUAUAACACCCGAAACGGCAGUUAAAGCAACAGCAACUGCACCAGUUGCUGCUGCACCAACUGAAGCUCCAAAAAAACCUUCAGACAAUUACUUUGAGAGUCCAUUGGGGCAAUUUUUUAUGACAAUAGGGAUAAAUUUGGUGCAGGAGCACGUUCAAACGGAUCUAUUGCGAUUGCAGAAGAAGAAACGCAAUCAGGAUAGUGCAAGAUUGGGACAGAUUCAGACAGCUAUAAAUUCUCUGAUGAAAAAUCUUGAGAUUAGUAAAAUCAAAAAUGAACCAUUUAAAUUUGAGAAUAAACGCUGUGAAUUCUGCAAUUUCAAGACAGAAUCUGCCCUGGCUAUGGCCAAUCACUAUGAGAAGCCACACUUCAAGAAUAAUCUGUUUACAUGCAAUUUCUGCCAAUUCAGUUCACGUCUCAUGCACGACAUAAUGUUCCACAUGGAGGCAGUGCACAAUAUCAAGUGCAAGAUGGAGAAGGCACUGCCCUAUCAUGUUUGUCCAAAUUGCCCAUUCGAGGACAAUGGGAAAUCCAAGAUGGCCAGACAUGCACUCAGCUGUGCUAAGAAGUUUGCUCCUGAGAUGAAUCUAGCGCCACCUGUUGACUGGGAACCACCGGCAAAGAUUCCAAGGAUCAAACCAAGGCACGGACUCGUCGGAACUGCCACAGCUUAUCAGCAAAUGGCAGCUCAGCAGCAACGUGCUCAGGCAGUUGCAAUGCCAAGACUCAGCAUAAAUCCCGUGAAUGCGAUGCGAGGACGAGGUAGACCGCAUACAGUUACCAAUAAGUCACCAGUUGGAACAGUUUUACGUGGCAGUUCCACUUCAAUGAGGCCUAUUCUGCCCACGGGAAUGGUUCUGUCCAACAAUUACUCCAUGGCACCCACGCAGAAUGCAUCGAUGAUGCAACAGGUGGCAUCCACAACGAGCAAGUCCACGAAGAGUCUGCAGCAGCAGCCGAGUAUUUCGAUCACGCCUCUGCCGCGUCAAGGCAGUACAACAAUGACGCCGGCGGCUCUGCAAGCGGCUGCGGCGGCAGCUGCAGCGGCUGCGGCCACGAAGAAUCUGAAGCCGGGUCAACAUCCGGGAGCAAGUGGGGGAAAAUCGACAUUCGUCAUUUGUGAAAUAUGUGAUGGGUACAUUAAGGAUUUGGAUCAACUGAGGAGUCACAUGCAGUGGAUUCACAAAGUGAAGAUUCAUCCAAAGAUGAUCUACAAUCGACCACCACUGAAUUGUCAAAAGUGUCAGUUCAGAUUCUUCACCGAUCAGGGCCUCGAGAGACAUUUACUGGGCUCCCACGGUUUGGUUACAAGUUCCAUGCAGGAGGCUGCUAAUCGCGGUCAAGAUUCUGGACGGUGUCCAGUUUGCGGAAGGGUGUACCAGUGGAAGUUGCUGAAUCACGUGUCCCGCGAUCACAACAUGACCCUCAAACCAGCCCAUUUGUCCUACAAGUGCACUGUGUGCACAGCGACUUUUGGGAUGUACAAGCAGUUCGAGAAUCACGUCUACUCGGCCCACAGUACAGUGGCCAAGAAGGCGAUGGACGGCAAGAAGAGUGGAGGCGGUUCAUCGUCAUCUUCAAUGGGGGGAUCACAUUCAAAGGGCGGCAGCUCGUCUAGUGGUGGAGAUUCGCUGCUGAAACCCCUGAAGAUCAACGAUGAGAUCACAAUUAUUCCUCAGCCUGCCACAAAGCCCGGCAAAUCGUCGCAUCCCAUGGAGAUUGAGAGUCAUGUUAUAGAUUAAAAAAGAAUUCCAAGUAAAGGUGAAAGGACAAAAUGCCGAGAAAUUCCUCAAGCUGUGUUUUAUAAUUAAAAUAAUGAAAAUAAAGGAAGGAUUGUAAGGUGAGUGUGAGUGUGAGAGAGAGAGAAUAUUAUGUAAAAGUUUACUUUAAAAAUUUCAACGCAAAACUUCUUUCACCGGAAGCCGACAAAAAGAAAAUCUUAUCGAUUAAUUUAACUCCUCUAUUAUGUAUAGAAAAAUUACAAUAAAAUAAUAUUUUAUAGAUAAAAGAGAAGAGAGAGUGAAGAAGAAUUUUAGCCCCAAAAUUUGGUUGGUUUUUCUUCGACGGAAAAGACAGGUUCUGAAGGAUCGUGGAGAGUUUAGUAGAAUUUUUGUGUUUCCUUUCAGCCUUUUUUUUUACUUUAAAAUAUUUUUUUAUUUUAUUUAGAUGCAUGAAAAUGUGUGAUUUCUCUGUGUUUAUUAGGACAAUUUAAUUUUCUACUCUUUUUUCUCGGGAAGAACAAUCUCUGUAGUAUACCAGAUUUAUUGCCAAAACCAAAACCUAUAAAAGUAGUUGAAAAAAAUAAAAGAGGAGUUAAAAAUAAAACACAGUAGAGAGUGCCUUUAAAAACGAGAGCACCCCUCAAAAAAAAAGUCAUAAAAAUGUUGCAGAAAAAUCAAUUUAAUCAGCGUUUUGCCUUGCAAUAAACCGAUUUCUUUUUUUUAUAUUUAGAAGAGGAAUUCAUUUAUUUUACUAUUUCAUUUUUAAAUUCUCGAACAGAUGAGAUUUUGAGAUCACAGGAAAGACAAAACGUGGUAAAAGCUUAUGAUGAAAAAAGAUAAAAAAAAAAGAGUAGCUAAAAAUGCUUUUUAUGUUUAUACUGAAGAAACAAAAUGAAAGGAAAAAAAUACGAUAGAAUGUAUUAAAAUAAAAGAUAGAAGCAGGUGUAAAUAUUAAUUUAUGGUACGACAGAAACUUUCACCAGAUGAAGGUUAAAAAUGCAAAAAAAAAUAAUGGCACAAAAUAAACAAAAAUCCAUUUUCUUACAUGGACAAAAUCCAUAAAAUUCCGCGUGAGACUGAAAAAUCUCACGGUAUAACUUCUUGUGGAUAUUAAAAAGAAAA